AUGAGUGCCCACGUUGUGGUGAUCGACGCGACAGCCAGGCGGGCAACAAUCAAGACUACUCCCACCAAACAUUUGACCGAUAUCCUACAGGAGGCAUGCUCGAAGCUUGGUUAUAAUGCUAGUCAGUACUCAUUAAAACACAAUCGCAAGCAGUUAGACCUUUCUCUUUCAUAUCGUCUGUCCGGCCUCAUCUCCGGUGCAAAACUUGAACUUGUUCAAAUAUCUCGCUCCCCGUCAGUCGUAACUGUCGGCCUGCAACUUCCAGAAUCAGAGGCUCGUGGUGCCCCGAAUGGCCGCAUACUGGAUAAGUUCCCUAGCAAUACCACACUAUGGAUGGUACUACGGAAGUUCGAGGCGGGAGUUGCAGGGACUGGCCCGGUACGAAAUCUCACUUCACGUGCAGUGCCCUUUGCCGAGGGGGAAAAUGGUGCCGGACGACUGUACUAUGAGAUCCCCGUCCUCCAGAUUUUGGAACGUGAAGUAUCAAGUUUCACGGAUUUACAAAAGACCCUAGCCCAGCUGGGUUUCAAUAGUGGCAAUGUUCUUAUUCGACUGAGUUUCCGACGGACUGAUGAGCCUAUCGAAGAGGCCAUGGUCAAGAUUGGCGAGUUCUUCAAGUCCUCAGAGGAUGAGGCUCCUUCGGCACAGGAUAAGGAUGCAGCGCCCACAGCAACUCCCGCUGACAGCGCAAACAAUGCGCCUACCCAAGAGAUUCUCAGCUCAUUGCAGCCCGAGCCCUCUAGCGCCACCGUCGCAUCAGAGGAAGUUGCCGCUCCGCUACCCAUAUCCGGGCCGGCUACUUCCACAGCGGAGUCUGGCCGAACAAUUGCUGUCUUCUCCCCUCCCUCGGAAAACACUCCUUCGUCAGCGAAAUUAGACUACAACGAGAGCGAUUACAUACCCUCUAUCGAGCACGCAAAGCUGCACCAGCGGUUACUCAACGAGUCCUCUCGCCCAAAGCGUUUGCCAACGGAUGCCGAGAUCGCUGCCAAGGAAGAGGCAGAAGCUGCAAGGCGAGCAGCCAUCCGCGAAGUCGAUGUGAAAAUCCGUUUCCCAGAUCAAAGCCAAGUGGUCGCUAAGUUUGGGACCUCGGACACAGCACUGUCGUUGUAUGAGUUCGCGCGUGGAUGUCUUGCUCCAUCGUUCGCCAGUGAGAACUUCAAUCUCACUGCCCACGGUGUAUCCAAAUCCAAGAAUACAAGCGCCAUACCUCCAUCAGAUAAGAAGCGUUUGAUUAAAGACUUGGGGUUGUCUGGCCGUGUGCUGGUCAACUUCUCUUGGGCUGAACACUCUCCCUCGUUUGUUCAUGAACGCCGAACGGAGAUCCUACGCCCAGAGCUUCGGAGCCAGGCUCAACAACUUAAGGUGGAGCAACCACCGGAGCUCAAAGAAGAUGUGCCUGCUCCACCACAGCCGGCCCCGAAUAGCAGUCAAGGCGGUGAUAAACCCAGCGGAGCACGGAAGGGUGGCGGUAUGCCUAAGUGGCUGAAGCUACCAGGUAAGAAAUGA